AUGACAUUAAGUUCCACCAGAACAAUAUCAUUUGUGCCUCCUGAUGGAGCAUUUGACCUGAUGACAUAUCGACUUAGCACUCAGGUGAAGCCUUUGAUAUGGGUGGAAGCUCAAAUUGAAAGGCAUUCAAGAAGCCGAAUGGAAAUUAUGGUAAAAGUUAGGAGUCAAUUCAAGGAGCUUAAGUUCUUGUUGCAAAGACAGUGCAGGUUCUUGACAAUGCUGAAUUCUGAAAAGGUAUCAAAAUCCGCGCGGAGCUUUUACAAAGCUGCUGCUUCACGCAUAACCAUAACAGAACCUGUUUACUGGAAUCAGAAGCUAAAUGAGCUUUGGAAAUCAGGUCGAAUCAAUGAAGCACGACACCUGUUCGAUGAAAUGCCUGAGAAAGAUGAGUUUACUUGGAAUACCAUGAUUGCUGGUUACGGAAAUUCUGGGAAGGUAAGUGAGGCACAAAAGUUAUUCCAUGAUACUCCAAAUAAGAGUUCCGUUACAUGGUCUUCACUAAUUUCCUGUUAUUGUAAUUUGGGAUACGAAUAUGAAUCAAUGAGUCUGUUUUCCCAAAUGCAAUGUUUAGGGUAUAAACCGAGCCAGUUUACAUUAGGGAGUGUUCUUAGAAUGUGUUCGAUAUACCGAUUGUUAUCAAGAGGGGAGCAGGUUCACGGGUAUGCAAUCAAGACUCAGUUUGAUGCAAAUGUUUUUGUUGUUACUGGACUUGUUGACAUGUAUGCACAAUGCAGACAGAUGUCUAAAGCUAAAUAUUUGUUCAAAUCGAUGACUUAUGGAAAGAAUCAUGUCACAUGGACUGCAAUGAUCACUGGAUUUUCACGAAACCAAGAUCAAAUAGGAGCUAUUGAGUGUUUUCGUGAUAUGAGAGCUGAAGGAGUUGAAGCAAAUCAGUAUACUUUUCCUAGUGUUUUAACCGCUUGUGGUGAUAGCUUGGCUUUUAAAUUCGGUUUACAGGUCCAUGGUUGCAUUGUGAAGGGUGGUUUUAGUGGUAAUGUGUUUGUAGAAAGUGCAUUAGUAAACAUGUAUGCAAAAUGUGGGAGUUUUGAUAAUGCUAGAAUCGCAUUAGAAUCAAUGGAGGUUGAUGAUGUUGUUUCUUUGAACGCCAUGAUUUCGGGCUGUGUAAGGCAAGGUUUUAAACAAGAUGCGCUUCUUUUAUUCAAGAAAAUGCACACCAAGAACAUGAAAAUCGAUGAUUUCACUUAUCCAUCUGUACUAAACUGUUUUGCUUCCUUACUCGACCCCAAUACUUCAAAUUCUUCAAAAUCCAUACAUUGUUUGGCUAUGAAAACGGGAUUUGAAGGAUACAUUCUCAUAGGCAAUGCUCUUGUUGACAUGUAUGCGAAACAAGGCGAGUUACAAUGUGCACACAAUGUGUUUGAUAAAAUGCCUGAAAGGGAUGUGGUCUCAUGGACUUCAUUGAUGACUGGCUAUGCUUGCAAUAAUACCCAUGAAGAAUCUCUAAAAUUAUUCUGUGAAAUGAGAAUUUCCGGGAUCAAACCGGAUCAAGUUGUAAUAGCCAACAUCUUGAGUUCAUGUGCAGAAUUAACUGUUCUUGAUUUCGGACAACAAGUUCAAGCCGAUUUCAUCAAAUCAGGUUUUCAUUCAUCUUUAUCAGUCGAUAACUCUCUUGUUUCAUUCUACACAGACUGUGGUUCCAUAGAAGAAGCCAACAAAGUCUUCAAUUCAAUGAAUACAAAAAACGUGAUAACAUGGACUGCGAUAAUCAAGGGGUAUGCUAAAAAUGGUAAAUCAACCGAAUCUUUAAAGUUCUACAAUGAAAUGAUAAAAAAUGGAAUAAAACCAGAUUUCAUAACUUUCAUUGAGAUACUAUUCGCAUGUAGUCAUGCCGGAUUCGUGGAUCAAGCCCGCGAAUACUUCGACUCGAUGAUGAAAAUUUACCAAAUUACCCCCGGACCGGAUCACUAUGCGUGUAUGAUCGAUCUACUAAGUCGAUCCGGGAAGAUAGACGAGGCUGAAAAGCUUUUAAAUGAAAUGGUAAUCGAGCCCGAUGCAACGGUUUUAAAAGCAUUGCUUUCGGGGUGUAGGGUCCACGGAAAACUCGAGCUUGCGGAAAAGACGGCGAAUACCCUUUUUGAAUUGGCACCUCACGAUGCUGUCCCGUACAUUGUGCUUUCUAAUUUGUACUCUUCAAUGGGUAAAUGGGAAGAAUCCGCAAGGAUUCGGAGGUUGAUGAAAGCUAGAGGGGUAAAUAAGGAACCGGGGAAAAGUUGGAUGGAAAUUAAUAGUAAAGUUUAUACAUUUAUGUCGGAAGAUAGAAGGCAUGAAAAGUGGGAUGCUAUUUAUGGAAAGAUUGAUGAGGUUAUGAUGGCGAUUAAAGAAGCGGGUUAUGUUGCGGAUAUGAAUUUUGCAUUGCAUAAUAUUGAUGAAGAAGGUAAACAAUUGGGUCUUACUUAUCAUAGUGAGAAGUUGGCUGUGGCUUUUGGGCUUUUGGAGUUGCCACAUGAAAGGGAGAUAAGGAUUUUUAAGAAUUUGCGGGUUUGUGGUGAUUGUCAUACUGCCAUGAAGUUUAUAUCCAGUGUUUAUGGGCGGGUUAUAAUUCUUAGGGAUUCGAAUCGGUUUCAUCAUUUUAAAGAUGGAGUUUGUUCUUGUGGAGAUUAUUGGUAA